GACAGGCGCCAUUAAUACUAUUUUACAAAAUAUAAAUAAAAAAUUGUUUGUAUUUGUGGUUUUGUAUUUGUUGUAACUUAGUUCAUAAAAUCCAACAACAAAAAGAAUCAUGGCUGUGGUUGAAGAUGAAUCCAGGAAUGCAUCGGAAGAGGAAAAUGAAAUCGAAGUGGUUGUUGAGGAGGACGAAGGCGAUCAAGAUUCAGAUGAUUCGGAGGAUGACGAUGACGAUGAGGAUGAUAAUGUGGCAUUAGAAAAGAAAGUUGCAGAUCUGGAAAGAAAAUUUGAGGAAGGAUUGUUUGAAUAUGAGGACCAUAUUAAUUUAAUUCAAGCAUUAUGGGGUUUGUCAGAACUCGAUCGCUGGCGGGCUGCUUUUGAUAGACUCCAACAAUUGACAAUACUAAAACCUGAGCAUUGGCUCCUGCGGAUUCAAACGGAGGUGUCAAUUGCACAUUCUGAAGAAUCCCGUCAACAAAUUGUUGAUCUAUUUAAGUUGGCUACGCUUGAUUGUUACUCUAUAGAGAUAUUAAGUGAAUGGUGUUCAUGGUCAUUAUCAGCUGGUGAUGCAAAUAGUGUUCGUAACCAGUUGGAGGAGAUCUUGAAGAGAGCUGGCGCAGAUCCAUUGUCAGGCAAAGUGUUUUGGGAUGCAAGGUUCGAAAUGGAAAAAGCACAUUUGGAAUCAAUGACUGAAGGUGAUCCGGAAUACAAAAACCAAAAGAAGAAGUUAUUGUGGUGUCUUGAGGAAACAGUAACUCGGCCAUUGUUGAGGGGAAAUUUAGCUUGGCAACCAUUGCAGGAAUUGGCUCUGGAGCUGUACGACCAAGACUAUGUUGAUAAGAUAAGAAAGCAACACGAAACAGCAAUGGAUUAUAUGCAAAAGAUUACACCGUAUGAAGACAAAUUGUUAACAAUUGAUGAUGUUGAGGAGAAAUGUAAAAUAUAUCAGGAGUACAUUGAUGUUGUAAAGGACCUCUCGCAGCAGGAGAAGUAUUCGGAUUGUGAUUGUCAUGCGAUACUCAGGGUGCUGUAUGACCGGGCAACAACAGACUGUCUCAUUAGUGAGAAAGCGCACGAUUUAUUACAGUCGUUCGCGCGAUACGUCCAACGAACUUCCUCCAGAGAAACUGUUGGCAGGAUAUUAAACGCAUGUGUUCGUAGAUGCUCCACAAAAGCGACAUUUUGGGUCCUUAAAAUGCAACAGACUGAGCAUGAGGGAAAGGAUUUUGAUGAGGUAAAAACAAUAUUCGAAAAGGCACUAUCGAAAGGAAUGGAGACAUAUAAAGAUGCUGAGUCACUUUGGCUGGGAUACUUAGAGUUCACAAGACGACGGACUGCCUUCGAUAAUGAACCGGAUGUAGAGAGACUUCGAAAAACUUUCAGACUUGCUUGGGACUCCCUCGCAGAGGCAUGGGGAGAAGAAUCAAAUGAUUGUGAAGUUCCACUGUUUUGGGCCCGCCUUGAAUACAAAAGAAUGAAGGAUCCCAAACAAGGGAAGGAGAUAUUCGAAGAAAUAUUUAAGUAUGGCGAAAAUAAAACUCUGUCGAAGUAUUGGGAGGCGUUGAUAAACUUGGAGAGUAGCCGGGAGCCUCCGGCGAACGAGAGGCGACUGCGGGAGUUGCACCGGCGAGCGCUGCGGAGUGUGCGAGACUACCCGCCCGCACUCGCGGCGCUCUGGACCAACUACGAGCGGGACUACGGCGAGCUGACCAGCGCGCUCGAAUGUACCCACUUGUGUCAGGCCAAAGUUAAAGAGUGGCGCGAAAACUAUCAGGCAAUGAAAGACAAAAUGACAGGUCAGAAGCAGAAAAAUAAAAAAGGCAAAAUGGAUCAGAAGAGGAGAGAAAAAGAGCUUAAAGCAAAUAAAGGGAAAAGGAAAAGUGACAGUGCUAUUGAUGGUGCAGAGGUGAAGAGGAAGAGGGACAAAGAUACCGAAAUGGAUGUGGAACACAAGCACCAUGAUAGUGACAGUGGUCUGAAGAGACCUCACGAUGAAGCUGACAAUGACGGUGUGGAUCAUAAACGACAGCGCACAGACAUUGAUCCGAGCGCUCGCCGACUCGCCACUCGAGAGGAAUGCACACUCUUUGUCAGCAAUCUAGAUUUCAAAGUGGACGAAAAAUGCUUGAGAGAGAAACUAUCAGAGUUUGGAAAAAUUGUAUCGCUGAGAGUAAGGGCCGGCGUCAAGGCAUUCGGUGGAUCAAUUUGCUACUGCCAAUAUGACGUCCCUCAAGCAGUAGAAGCGGCACUCAAACACGACAGGGCCCCGCUGAACGGCAGGCCGAUGUUCUUGUCCCGAUAUUCAGCCACGAAACACAGCCAGUCGUUCAAGUACUCCACGGAGACCGAGAACAAUAAGUUGUUUGUGAAGAACCUGCCCUACUCGCACUGCACCAAGGAGGCGCUCACCGAGAUAUUUGACAAGUACGGCGCGCUGAAGGACGUCAGAGUUGUCACCUUUAAAGAUGGCAAACCAAAGGGUCUAGCGUACAUUGAGUACGAAGACGAGCAGUCCGCGUCGCAGGCUCUGGAGAAGUCGAAUGGUCUGAUGGUGGGAGAGCGGAAGAUUGACGUGGCCAUCAGCGCGCCACCCAGGAAGGAUGGCGACAAGGUGGCGCUCGGGCAGCCCAAACGUGACGCCGGCGGGGGAAUGAGACGAACACAGCUAAGCAGUUUCAUCCCGAGCGUUUUACAAAAGCCAUCGACAAGCGCCAACGGACAGACGAACGGACAAGAAAAAAGACCACUCAGCAACAGUGACUUUCGGAGUUUGCUGCUCAAAAACUGAAAAAAUGUUUAACAGAGAAGGAAUUCUGGGUAAUCUUAAACGUUAGUGGUAUAUUUUAUUAUAAAAGAUAUAUUUGGAGUCUUACGGGGAUUUUGCAAUGAUUGCGCAAUAUUCGAAUAGUUGAAGACAUUUCAUUCACCAAGUAGUUUAGUUACAGGUCGUUAAAGAAUAGUCUUCUGCGUCUUAUUAAAUAAUGUUACUUUCUUAUCAAUGUUUCGUAUAGGUGAGUGCUUAGUAUCGAUCAAUGCCCACAACUGCAAGUGUGAGAAAACCGACUCUCGUGAAAUCCCUACGUGAGCGUUCCAUAUUUUAGGGAAAUUCUUGGAAAUUUUAUUUAGCAUUACUGUCUCUAAUCUGUUAUCCUGGCGGGCACAUCUAGAUUCGCGGAUGUAUCUGAUAGUAAAUUAUAAAAGUGUUUGGUUCCAGCUAUCUUCAUGCAUGUAUGUAAUAUGUAUCAUAUUAUUUAUACUCCGGGUUGGAGACAUAGGUACUUUUUAACAUAUAAAUUUUAUUUUUUACGUAAUAUAUGUUUAUAAGAUCCGCUUGCAUCAACUCCUUAAUAUAAGUCCUCACUUUUCAGCUCUUAUAAGUUGCCCGUUUUCAGUACACCUCCGAUCU